AUGGCCACGGCAGAGGUUCUGUUCUCUACGUCCGCCGGCUGGACAGGAGACGUCGCAGAUGGCUGGCCGUCGAUAUGGCUUGGGACGAGGACGAUUGGAUCGGCUGAACGCCAUGCGCAGCGGACUAGAGAUGACCUGCUCCGGAGACUAAGAUGGAUUGCUCAAGCGUGGACUAGUGAAAGGGAACAAAGGCGACAUCUCACGGCGCAGAAAAAGUCCUCAUUUGUGUCCCUGAUCACACCAGACAUCAGCCCAAAAUGGUCGCACAGAUUGGCGCAGGCUGGUGUCAUAUCCCGUGACCCCAACUCGGAUGACGAAAUUUUACCCGGUCCCCUGACGGAUCUUACAGAAACCGACCAGUCUGUUACUAUACGCCUGUCAGACUCGGCACACCUUGACUCAGUACCUAGUCCAAAUGGUCAACCUCCGUCUCGGAGGGGUCGGGACAGAGACAUGUUUGCCGAUCCGAGCUCAACUGUUGACAUUGAUUUCUCGUCUCCACAAGGGGUCAGGGAAGUUGCCAAGAAGAAGAAAAAGGCACCCGCGGCGCCCGCGCCGACCAACAACGACAACGACAAGAAGGAUGAUCCAGCCGACGGUGGCGGCGGCGACGACAAGAACAACGAAAACGCGGACUCCGGCGCUGGCGGCGGUGACGCAGGCAACGGUGGAGACGACAAAAAGGAUGACAAGAAAGACGACAACGGUGGUGAUGAUGACGCUUGGGGAGACUUCGGAACCAUGGGUGGCAAGAAGAAGAAGGGUAAGAAGGGCGCGGCCACCGAGGAAAAGGAGGAACCCCCGGCUUCCUCAACAUUUGACGCCUUCCAAGAAAUCAAACUGGACGAGGGACCCAAUCUAGACCUUAGCUUUGGUUCAAAAUCGAAUGAUAAAGCAGCACCAAGUUUUGGGGCGUGGGGAUCUAGUUGGAGUACAGGGGGAGCAGCCACAUCUUGGAACUUUGGAGCAACCAAAACUAACACGCCUGCAGAAGAAGAGAAAAAGGAAGAGGAUAAUCCUUGGAGCCUCAAUCGCCCAAAACCUAAAAAAAAGGGGACGACUGGAUUCUCCUUUGGCGACAUUGGUGAAGCGGAAGAAGUUACCGAGCCCAAGAAGGAGGAGCCCGCGGCCAGCGAUGACUGGGGUGGCUGGGGCACUGCCUCCAAGAAAAAAGGUAAAAAGACUGACCCCGAGCCCGAACCGCCAAAGCCCGCCGAUCCCCCACCAGAGGAUAUAUGGGGCACCGAUUUGAAGAAGGACAAGAAGAAGAAGAAGGAUGUGGUAGAAGAGGCCAAGGAAGAGCCUUCCAAAGAACAAGAACCUCCGCCACCGCCAGUGGAGGACAUCUGGGGCGUUGCGGGAUCCAAGAAGGACACCAAGAAGAAGAAAGGCAAGACUUCUAUCUGGGAUGAGCCGCCCAAGGAUCCGGAACCGGAGCCCGCCAAAGAGCCGGAUCCGGAGCCGGAACCGGAGAAGAAAGAGGAGGAGAGCGGCUGGGGUGUUUGGGGAGCAGCAGCAACCACCAAGAAGGACAAGAAGAAAAAGAAGGGUGCAGUUGAGGAGCCAAAGGUUGAAGAGCCACCGCCACCGCCACCGCCGCCAGCACCAGAGCCCGAACCCGCUCCUGUAGAGGAAGCUUGGGGAUGGGGCACUACAACAACGACCAAGAAGAAGAAGAAGGGCAAAAAUGCUGUUGGAGAAUUACCCCCUCCACCUACAGAGCCAGAGCCUGUCAAUGACCCCGAACCCGAGCCAGAACCAGAGAAGAAGGCCGAGGAAGACAUAUGGGGCUUGUCCACUUCCAAAAAGGACAAGAAAAAGAAGAAGGGUACCGUUGAAGAGGUGCCCGAGACGUCCCCGGAGGAGAAGCCGGCCGAGGAUGAAAAGAAGGACGAUUUCGAUUUUGGAUUUACGGCAACGAGCUCCAAAAAGGACAAGGACAAGAAAAAGAAGACCAAGACCUCGAUCUGGGAUGAGCCGGCCAAGGAUCCAGAGCCCGAGCCCGAGCCCGCAAAACCCGCUGAGCCCGAGAAGAAGGAAGAAGACGACUUUUGGGCCUCGAUCGGAGGCACCGGCAAAAAGGACAAGAAAAAGAAGAGCAAAACCACCGAAGAGCCCACACCAGAACCAGAACCCGAGCCCGAGCCCGAAAAGAAGACCGACGAUUUCGAUUUCGGUUGGGGCGCGGCGACAACCAAGAAGGAUAAGAAGAAGAAGAGCAAGACCACGGACCCUGACCCCGAACCCAAGCCCGAGCCAGAGAAAAAGGAGGAAGAGGACGAUUUUUGGGCCUCGAUCGGUACGGACAAGAAGGACAAGGACAAGAAGAAAAAGAAGGGAGACGAUGCCUUGAUCGACUUGGAGCCCCCCAAAGAGGAGAAGAAGGAAGAAAAGGACGACCUCUGGACUUCUUUUGGCACGAGCAAGAAAGAUAAGGAUAAAGACAAGAAAAAGAAAGACCAAGAAGAGUCUUCUGUCAAGCCGGACGCCAUCGAGGAGCCUUCUGAUGACAUUUGGGGCAUCUCAUCAUCCAAGAAGAAGAAGGACAAGUCGAGCAGCAAAAACGUCCCCGUCGAGGUCGUCGGUGAUACGGACAUCGCCUCAGUUCAGCCCGAUUCGAUCGAAGAGGCCAAGGAUGAUGGCGGCUGGUUUGGCACCUCGACCAAAUCCAAGGACAAAGACAAAGACAAGGAGAAGGAGAAGAAGAAGGAGAAGGAGCCCAAACUGAGCAAGAAAGAGCAGGAGAAAUUGGACAAGGAGAAGGAGAAGGAGCGCAAAAAGGCAGAGAAGGCCGAGAAGGAAAGGGCGAAACAAGAAGCCGAGGAAGCUGCUCGUGCCGAGGAGGAGGCUGCGCGGGCUGCCGAAGAGGCUGCAGCCCGCGAAGCGGAGGAGGCGGCACAAGCUGCCAAAGAAGCCGAAGAGGCCGCUGCCCGCGAGGCUGAGGAAGCGGCCAAGGCUGCUAAGGAGGCCGAAGAGGCUGAGAUUCUCAAGGAAGAGGCUGAGCUCAAAGCGCUGCAAGCUAAGAAGGACAAAGGCAGGCCCAAGAUGACCAAAAAGGACACAGAUCGAUACAAUCUGCUCAAGUCCAAGGCGGACAUACGCAACGAAGCCGCGGCUAAUAAAGAGGCCGAGGAAGCCGCAGCCCGCGAGGCUGAAGAGGCCGCUGCACGCGAGGCCGAAGAGGCUGCUGCACGGGAGGCUGAGGAGGCGGCGGCACAGGCUGCCAAGCAGGCCGAAGAGGACGCUGCACGUGAGGCUGAGGAAGCUGCGAAGGCUGCUAAGGAGGCAGAGGAGGCUGCGCAGGCUGCUAAAGAGGCCGAGGAGGCUGCUGCACGCGAGGCUGAGGAACAAGCUCAGCGCGAACGCGAAGAGGCCGAGGCGAAAAAGAAGUCCAAAUCAUCGUCCAAAGACAAGGAAAAGAGCUCAUCCAAAUCCAAAUCCAAAGACAAGGAUGCUAAGAGCAGCAGCAAGGAUAAGGAUAAGGAAAAAAAGAGCAAGGACAAGGAUAAGGACAAGGAAAAGGACAAGGACCAGGAUGACUUUGACAAGGAACUCGAAAAGGAUCUGCUCAAUCUUACCCCGGAAAAUGUGGAGGAACUCUUAAAUGAAGAACCCCCCGCAGAGGUGGAAAAGCCCAAGGAGGCGCCAGCGUCGGACGCGUUCAGCUUUUGGGGUGCAUCCAAAAAAGGCGCCAAGUCAGCCGCUGCUGAAAUUAAAAAGGCUGAGUCAUCAAAGAUCCCAGAAGAUGCCACGGAUGGCUUGGGCGACAACAGCGCAGAUGUGUCAUCAGGCAAGGCUACGAAGAGCAGCAAGAAAGUUGGAUCCAAGGUAGCGGACCGCCUGAAGGCUUUUCAAGCCUCCACAACACCACCGCCCGAGGAGGAGGAAGUUAUCCCGGACCCAGGCCCGCCGCCCCCACCCCCACCGCCAGCCGAACCGCCCGUUGAAGAAGGCAAAAAGAAGAAGAAGUCUAAAAAAUCAGCUGCAGUUAUACCUGAAGUUGUUGAAGUUGUGCCCGAAGUUGUACCUGAAGUUGUACCUGAAGUCGCGCCUGAAGCUGCUCCUGAAGUUGAAGUCCUCGAAGAGCCUACUCCACCUCGCAGAAAAGUCAGAUCACAUCUGCCGGGCAGUUUCCCGCUCGACGACGACGACGAAAUCGUUGAGAUUAUCGAUAUGUCUCCCGAAAAGAAGUCCUCCAAGAAGUCCAAGUCGCGAUCCAAGUCAGGCUCCGUCUCGGUGCCCCCUGCAGCUCCUCCACCUCCCCCGCCGCCGCCUGCUGUUCCUGAUGCGCCACCCCCUGUUCCUGAUGCGCCGCCCUCUCUCGAAGAGGAAAAGCCGUCGAAGAAAGAGCGUGCCAAGAUCAGUCGCGAGGGGUCAUCUUCCUGGGGAAUGUGGAACGCCGCUCCACGCAAAGAGGAAAAGCGUCCAUCGCGAUCGGAGCGUAAGGAGUCUGGGUCCUCGUCUAAAACUCGGGAUGAAAAACCAGAGCGCAUCAAGGAGGCGCCGGCCAAGGCACGGGUAGCCAGUGUACUAGCGAGUACGCCACCCUUGUCGCGAUCGGCUUCGACCCGUGAGAAGAAGAGCUCCAGCCGUUCAUCGCGCCGCAGUGCCGAAGUGAACCACGGGCUCGUGUCGCCGCCCCCUGAGGAAGCGCCAGAAACGAACGACAAGGCUGCCAGGAUAUUGGGUAUCAAGUCUUCGGGGAGUCGGCGCAACAAGACGCGAUCGGCACCGCCAGAGGACGAUGACAUUGUCAUGGUUGGGGCAUUGGACGCCGGUCCGGAAAAGCCAUCGCGUCGCAGAUCCAAGGUAGAUACCGAGAGAAUACAACGUCGAAAAAGGAAACAGGGACAAUCCACUGACUCAGCGCAGCGUGAACAGGCCCCCGAGGAUGAAGACAUGGCCAUGGUCGACAAUCCUGAAGCCGCAACGCCACUGAAGCGAUCAAACUCGAGCGCCAAGAAAGGUCUUGCAGGUUUGUUUGGAGGCAUCCUCUCCACACCGCGGUCCGAAGCUCGCCCCGAUGGUCGACCGGAGCUCCGUCGCCGGGGCACGUACAUGACAACCGAUGAUGAGGGGAUGCACGGUGGACCUUCUGGGGCUGCCACGGAGACAGAAGAGGCAAGACGGGCGGCUCGGCGUGCUCGGCGCGCAGAGCGAGGAGUUGACCCACGCCAUGCUGAGGAAGCGAGAGCCGAGAAAGACGAAGCCCGUCGGGAGCGUAGACGAAAGCACGAGGGCGAAAAUGCGGAAGCGAGGCGGCAAGAGGAGAGAGAGGCAAGGCGCGCGGAGCGUAGGGCGCAGCGGGCAAGGGAGGAGGCGGAUCGGGCGGCCGCCGAGGAGCAGCAGCAGAAAGACGCGGAAAGGGCCGAGAGGCGACGAAUGCGGAGAGAGCGCGAACGCCAAGCGGCGGCUGCUGCAUCUGCACCGGAGGACGGGCAUCCCGAGCCUCGACCUGAGCGGCGCCGCCGUGGGCAUGAGAGUGAACGGGAAGAUGACGAGGAGCGGCGGCGUCGCAGAGAGGCGCGGCGGGCGGCUAGGGAGGCCGAGGCCGCCGCGGGUGGAAAGUCAAGCGGUCGACGGCAUCGUGGCGAGAAUCCGUACCCACGCGAAGCGGACCGUCGCAAGGACGGGUGGCCGCACUCGGGAACGUCGUCGUGGGUCAAGGACCACUCUGACGCACCACCACCGCCCGAGGGCGAGGAUGAAGACGCACGGCGAGAGGCGCGGCGGGCAGCCCGUCGACGAAGCAAGUACGGCGGCAGCGGGGGUGGUGACGAUAUCGACGGCGCGGCGGCCGAGGACGAUCAUCGCAGGCGUCGUCGGCACCGGGACGAGGCGCGACGGGCGCCAACGGCUGGUGGAUCGGACGGGAGCGACGAGCGCAGGCAGAGUCGACGGAACUCGGUGUUUGGGGACUCUGCCCCGGCGGCAAGGAGCAGCUGGUGGAAGAAGCUAACUGGGUCUUAG